GUCAUCUGUCAUGGUUGUUGGCGGCCAUUUCUUUUCCGGUUCGUAAAAAUGCAGGGACAACCUCAAAAGACGAAAAAGGAGCCCAUCCAUUCUGUCCAAGUUUUUGGCAGAAAAAAAUCCGCCACAGCUGUUGCCUAUUGCAAAAGAGGCAGAGGUGUACUUCGAGUAAAUGGAAGGCCUUUAAGCCAGGUGGAGCCAAAAAUGCUCCAAGACAAACUUCAGGAACCCAUACUACUUCUAGGCAAGGACAAAUUCUCGGCGGUGGACAUCAGAGUGCGGGUUAACGGCGGUGGUCAUGUUUCACAAAUCUAUGCCAUCAGACAGGCUAUUUCUAAGGCUUUGGUGGCGUACUAUCAAAAAUACGUUGACGAGGCAUCAAAGAAGGAACUAAAAGAUAUUUUAAUCCAGUACGAUCGUACUUUGUUGGUAGCCGAUCCUCGUCGCUGCGAACCUAAGAAGUUCGGCGGUCCAGGUGCCCGUGCUCGCUACCAGAAAUCAUACCGUUAAUUUAGGUUUAGUUGUGUGUUAUUGUAUUUAUACAGGUAUUUACAAUAAACACAUUUAUUUCUAA